ACGUUAACAGUUGUCGAUGAGAGAUCUUAGGUUUGAUUAAUUUUUUCAUCAGUCGGGUUGUGGCUAAUUUCCUCGUAGGAGUUUAACAAGUGAAAGCUUUCAAAAUGCGUGAAAUCGUUCAUCUACAGGCGGGUCAGUGCGGAAACCAAAUCGGGGCCAAGUUUUGGGAAGUUAUUUCAGAUGAACACGGAAUCGACCCAACUGGCACAUAUCAUGGUGAUUCAGACCUCCAGUUGGAAAGAAUCAACGUUUACUACAACGAAGCAACAGGAGGGAAAUAUGUACCUCGAGCUGUGCUGGUCGAUUUGGAGCCCGGAACAAUGGAUUCAGUACGCUCCGGACCUUUCGGACAAAUUUUUAGACCUGACAACUUUGUUUUUGGACAAAGCGGGGCUGGAAACAAUUGGGCGAAAGGACAUUACACUGAAGGUGCCGAAUUAGUAGAUUCCGUUCUAGAUGUUGUCCGAAAGGAAGCAGAAAGCUGCGACUGUUUGCAAGGCUUUCAACUCACUCACUCCCUCGGCGGUGGUACAGGCUCAGGGAUGGGCACGCUGCUCAUCUCAAAGAUCCGAGAGGAAUAUCCCGAUCGUAUCAUGAACACGUUUAGUGUUGUACCUUCCCCUAAAGUGUCGGAUACCGUCGUGGAACCCUACAACGCAACUCUCUCGGUUCAUCAGCUUGUUGAGAACACCGAUGAAACGUACUGCAUCGACAAUGAAGCCCUCUAUGACAUCUGCUUCAGAACUCUGAAAUUAACCACCCCGACGUAUGGCGACCUAAACCACCUUGUGUCAGCCACAAUGAGUGGUGUGACCACAUGUCUUCGAUUUCCCGGCCAGCUGAAUGCUGAUUUGCGAAAACUAGCAGUCAAUAUGGUUCCCUUCCCCCGUCUUCACUUCUUCAUGCCAGGUUUCGCUCCUCUGACCAGCCGAGGCUCCCAGCAGUACCGAGCAUUGACAGUUCCAGAGCUGACACAGCAGAUGUUUGAUGCCAAGAACAUGAUGGCAGCCUGUGAUCCCCGUCAUGGUAGAUACCUGACUGUGGCUGCAAUGUUCCGUGGCCGCAUGUCCAUGAAGGAGGUUGAUGAGCAGAUGUUGAAUGUGCAGAACAAGAACAGCUCAUACUUUGUGGAAUGGAUUCCCAACAAUGUCAAGACUGCUGUAUGUGAUAUUCCACCUCGAGGACUGAAGAUGUCUGCCACCUUUAUUGGAAACAGCACUGCCAUUCAGGAACUAUUCAAGCGCAUUAGUGAGCAGUUCACGGCUAUGUUCAGGCGCAAGGCCUUCUUGCAUUGGUACACUGGUGAGGGCAUGGAUGAGAUGGAGUUUACUGAGGCUGAAUCAAACAUGAAUGAUCUUGUGUCUGAGUACCAACAAUAUCAGGAUGCCACAGCUGAAGAAGAAGGAGAAUUUGAUGAGGAAGAGGAAGAGGAGGGUGAAAACGCAUAAACUGGAUUUACUGGAUUUGACCUGAAAAAACCUGAAAUAAACUUGUAAAAAUA